AUGUUCCACCUCUUCUCCCACUGCUGGUCGUGGCUGCAGGCCAUACAGGAGCCCGUCAGGAAGGUGACCCUCCUUGUCAUGGGGCUGGACAAUGCGGGGAAAACCUCCGUCAUCGCGGACAUAGAGAGAGGUGAGGAGCGGCACAGCCCCGAGCCAGCCCCGGGCGGGGGCAGCAGCUUUAGCCGCCUGCGGGUGGACAGGUUCGAGGUGACCCUGCGGGACCUGCCCGGGGCACAGCGCUCCCGCAGCGCCUGGCGCAGCCACUACAGCGAGGCUCACGGGCUCCUCUUCGUGCUGGACUCCGCUGACCUGGCACGGAUGGAGGAGGCCCGCAAGGUCCUGGGCCGCGUCCUCAGCCACCCUGAUGUCUCCGGGAAGCCGCUCUUGCUGCUGGCCAACAAGCAGGACGCGCCGGCCGCGCUGCUGCCCUGCGAGCUGAUCGAGCGGCUGUGCCUGGAGCGCCUGGUCAACGAGAACCGCUCUCCGUGCCGCAUCGAGCCCUGUGUCGCCAAGCGGGUCCCCCCCGCCGGCCCGGCCCGCACCACCCUGCAGGGGCUGCGCUGGCUCCUCCGCGCCGCCGCCGCCGCCCCGGCCCCGCCGGACGCCGCCCCGGUGCCUCCCGCCCCUCGGGCCGCCCGCGGCCGCCCGCCCGCCCGCAGGUGGGUGCGGGUCCGAGAGCCCGUCCUGGCCCCGGCUCCCCCCGCAGCGCUCGGGCUCACCGCGCUGUGCUCCUCCCGCAGGGACCGGCCGCUCCCCGCGGAGGAUGCUCGGGAGAACGGGGAGCCCCGGGCGGUGCGCCCCGUCUGCCGCCUCCUGCCCCUGGAGGAGAGCGCUAAGGGCCCCAGGAGGAGGAAGAGGAAGGUGAAGGUGAAGAAGAAGGGCUUGGGGCAGCCAGGCCCAGCCGAGGAGCCGGAGGGGCCGGGAGUAGGGGCUGCCGGGGGGCUGCUGCUCCCCAACAGGGUCGGGCAGGAGGAGCCCUCAGCCAUCGGGAUGGCCACCCCACACCCAGAUUUGUACCGCCGGGCCAUGCUGGCCCUGAAGAUGAGGCAGGAGCAGAGGAAGCAGCCAUCGGCCAUCGCGCCCUGA